AUGCUCCUGCUGCGCACGCUGCUGGGGCUGCUGCUGCUAAGCCUGGCCAGCCCGGCCGCGGCCUUCUCGCAGCUUGUGAACGGACAGAGCUUCACGUUCGGCCUGUCGAUCAUAGACGCUCCUUUCCCUAACAGUCCCUACACAGUCGGCAGCCAACUCCCCAUCGCCAUUGAGGUUCGCGUCCCCUCCAUGAUCCUCUCAUCCUCAUCCGCACCGCACAAUCCCCGUAUCCUCACAUCAGACAUUGACCUUACCCCCACUCGCUUCGACCUCCUCGAGAUCUACAUGGUAUCCGCGGAAACAGGAAUGAACUAUACCGUGUCCAGCGGACCUGGCCUGCUGGAGAACGAGGACGGCAGCGUGCGCCACCUGAACUGGCCGAUCCCUACGUGCACGAAGGGCGGGAACUAUAAUCUCACGUUCUACGAGUCGUCGCACGUCAAUGACACAGCGUACUUCAUUAUCACGCCCAUCGGCGUGACUAUCAACGAGGGGGAUAAGCACUCGGACAGCGACGACGAGAAGUGCAAGGCCAUGACGAACGAUCUGCAGCCUCAGCCGCAGGACGAUGCGCCACUGCCACAGAUCCCCUUCCUGCCGGACGAUCCUAUGCCUAUCGAGACGAAGGUUCCCGACUCGACGAGAGCUCAGCCCACACCGACCAUCUACACCGUCACCGUCGUCGAGUCAGGCGCGACCAUCACCUUCCCGACCGUGACGGAGACUCCGAUGCCCGUCACGGUCGUCGUCGUGCAGGAAACUACGAUCACGACGACGCAGAAUGGCGAGCCGGUGACCUCGACGGUCACCGCGAUGUAUACCACAACCGGCAUGGCGGGCGACGGCGGAGACCUUGAGGGCUUCUUCCCGGUCAAUGGCGCGCUAGGUGAUGUACGAACAUGGACAGGCUGGAGCGGUUCGGUCGUGUUCGUCCAGGGCGACGCUUCACAAGCGCUCGGCGACCUUGACAACCUUGCUCUUCUUGAUCUCGCGCCUAACGAAGUGAUCCAGCAUGAGACGGUUAAGGAUGACAGUCGGACGGACGCACUCAGUGGCGGGCCAGGAGAGAAAAGUAGGAUAUUGCGGAACGAACGGGACGCACUGUGCUCGAUUCGCACAGAUGAUCUUCGCAAGCUUGCGAUGUGGCGUCCGGCUGCCGGCGGUCGUUGA